UAAUCUACACAGUGGUGUUAAAAUGUAUUUGUUUGACUAUUUGAAAGAAAUUCUAAUUACAUACCAAACUUAAAAGUGCUUUGAGUGAUACGCUGCAGCAUUAUUUACAUGUCAUUUAUUUAUAUAAUAAAAGAGUUUUAUAGACUUUUCACAGUCCGGAUCCAGUCAGAACUACAAUCCUGAUCCAGUCAGAACUCCAGUCCGGUAAUAACGGUCGUUUCUGUGGCGGAAAUGUAAACAUGUCGUGAAAGUCUCACAGCUCAACACUUUAAAUGAUUGUUUUCAUGCUUUUUAAAUCUUUUUAAUUUACUGUUUUAGUCAGUUAUAAUUAAAUGAAUGUGGUAUUUAUAUACCGCGCGACAGUGCCUGUUUAGUUAGAUGAAGCUACGUUAACAAAGCAACGUUCACAAGCAUGAUGGAGAGUUAUGAAGAUUUCAUUCAGAGACACUGUAUGAGUCUAGCGGAUGAAGAUGAUCAGUCAUCUCUCUUUAAACCUUCAUCAGUGAUUGUGUUUCAUGGAGUCUGUAUCCUGCCUCCUCUGUUAAGUGAGCAGCAGAGAGAUGAGAUGAGACAUCUGAGAGAAUCAGUAUCGAGUCUGAUGAAGAGCAGGAGACAGCAGAAACCUGACAGCUUUAAAGGUGAAAGAGUGACUGCAGAUGUUCAGAGAAACAUCAUCAGCACCAAACAGCAGACGUGUGAUGAUGAUGCCACACAGUGUGAAGAGAACGUCACCUGUCGCCCUCUGACAUCAACCACUCAUGAUGGCCAGCCAGCCAAUCAGCUGAGAGCUUUCCCAGGGGAUGAUUCUCUGGAUAAAACCCAGAUCACAGUUCUGUUUAAGGGCACUAGUCAGAAGACACACACAACUCAGGGUCUUCACUCACAGGAUGAAUUUGACAAUCACUCAGAUAAACUUCCUCAAAAUGACAUCAGUCACCAGAUGAUGAUGUCAUCAGGAUAUGUGACCAAUGAAAACACAGAUGUCACCUGUGACUCCAGCUGGAUGGAGAAGCAGGAUGCUGUAGAGAACAGUCAGACCUCUUCAGGCUUUUGUUUAAAUGUGACCGGCACAGGAAGUGACAUCAUCAGCCAUGCUCCAGUCGAUGGAUCGGCCUUAGAGGAGGAGAAUACAAUCCCAGCUUCAAACCCGACAGUAGAUGUUACAGAACCUGUAAAGCCAUCGUCUGAACCAGACACGGAUGAGGGACCGUACCGAAUGAGUCUUCAAAACCUUCUGAAGAAAUCUCAAGACUACAGGCGACGCCAACGCCUGCUGCGCAGUCAAGCACGAGCUCUCGAAUCGGCUGAUGAGCACAGCAUGUCGGAUAAGGAAAACCAGGAAUUCCUUCCCAAUCAGAUUUGGAAGAACGCAAGAGAGACGAGAAAAGUAAAGAUUCAGCCACCUGAUGCAGAACCGGCCACAGAUGAUGAGAUCUCGAAGGAAACCUGUCGUAGUUCGGCCUCAGACGCCCAUCCUGAGGAACAUCAUGAUGCUCUGACAGAGGAUAUUGCUGCUCCUUCUCACUCAACGUCUAAACAACUUCCUGUCACGGCCAGGUCUCUGUAUCUCUCCAAACAGAAGCCUAUGGUCGGCUCCAGAUCUUCCUCAGCCGUUGGGAAAAAAUUCACCAGCGUUCCGGCACCCAAGUUCUGUUUAAGCCCCAUACGCAGCAAAAAAGGCAGCAGCAUUCCUGUUCCCGUUCGGAAAGCUUUGGUUUGUGUAGACCGUGAUGCUGAUUCUGAUCCAAACCGUGGGUCAGUGGAUGACGGAGUAAUACAUGUAGGCCGCAGCUCAGAGCAAACAGAGCAAAUCACCCAGUUAGAGUUAAACUUAUCGAGUCUGAAAGCACUGAUCUCAGACCUGGAGUCAACGCUUACACUGUCACAGGCAGAUCCUGCUGUAGAUAACAGCAGCUACAUGCUCAACAAAGAGGAAGUUUCUCCUGAUAUUUGCCUUUCUGCACUCACGUCCAAUAAAACUUUACAGCAAGACGUCACCGCUGUCACAAACUCACACCCAUCACAAAUCAGAUUUUCAAAAUCAGUUCAUACCAUCGAGCGUUCAAAUCACCAUCCGCAGCAAGUGGGCAUUCUUACUGACUCCAGUAAUCACAAAACAAAUGAAAAGAAGAAACAGUCAUGUGAAGAACGAAGCUCUCCGAUUGACUCGUCCCUAUGCCAGUCGUAUGAUGUAGAUGCCCCCUCUUGUCUCUGGACGCAGGGUAAGCAGUUGACCCCCGAGAUGGGCGGUAAUGAGGGGGUAUCUCGUGCCAAACGGAGGCUUCUCAUGAAUGAGGUGCAUAUGAUGAGCCCUGGACGAGAAAUAAAGAGACUGAGCUUCAGCACACCCAGAGUUUUGGAGUCGUCUGCGCAGCUGCAGCCGGAUGAUCGAGUGAAAGUUCUGUUGGAGGAAGAACGCAGACAACAGCAGGAUCUACUGCAGUCCUUGGCCGAGCGAUACCAGUUUCUGAGGAGCGUGUCCUUCCAGCGUCCCAGCACGGGCUCACGUCUGGAGGACGACUCGACCUCGUCUGCGUUCACAAGCCCCUCCCAUACGCUCGACACAUCACGUGUACGACCGGUAGAACACACACAAAACAUCACAAUCCCUCUAUUAACUGACAUCUGUUCACCAUCUGUCUGUCUCUCUGUCUCACAGCAGUUCCGUCUCUCUGUCCCUGCGUCCUGUCGCCCUCUGCUGGCGGCCGCUGUGAAGGGCUUUCUGACCCGAAGGCUCCUGCGUACAGAACGCGUGUCGCAGCUGAUCCGAACCAUCCAGGACACACAGCAGUUCCUGCAUCAGACGGCCGUCAGAGGAGAAUUCAGUAGCCGACAGGACCUGAUGCUGCACGAUCGAGUCUCUCUGCAGCUACGCGCCGCUCGCUACGAGUUCCACAACAUCGUCUUCAACAGCAGCAUCUGUGAACGGAUGAAGAUGAUUGGCCAGGACAGACAGGUGACCAGAGAAAGACGCUUCAAACAGCACGGUAAUAAAGUGAAGGGUUCACUGUCUGCUGCUACCAGAAAAGCUUUAGAACGCAAACGACUCGCCAUGUUACAAAAGAAAUCCACAACUGAAAGGACAAAGAUUUCACCGUCUGUAAUGGAGAAAUGGACUCUUGUGCCAAAGAUUUGUCGCGUUUCAAAGAAAGCAAGCCCACGGUGAACACAACCCAUCAAACGCAGAUCUGUGCCUUCAUGUGUCUGGAAGUCAGUUCUUUCCCAGACAGCACCUGGCCACCCGUAAUCGUCUACUGUCUGGAUUACUCCGUUAAAUUUGUUUCUUAAAUGUUUUGCCAACUCUUAUUUAUUUGUGUAGUUUUAUUUUUAUAAGAUGUUGCCAAACUUUCUGUACAAACUUAAAUAAAUGAUGCUAAUAAUCCUC